ACAGAAGCUCCCAUGCAGAGAACAUCAGGGGACUAAUCAGAGAGGGAGAAAGACUACUCCAGGCUCUCUGAAACUCUUUCACCCCUUAGAAAAACCCAAACCACUGGGCGCUCUUUCUCUCUCUCUCUCUUACACACACACUCUCUCUGUCCCCUGGGCCAUUUGCCUCUCCGCAUCAAGGAACUACAGAUUUGGACUUCAGCCUCUCCCAAAACAACACUACUGGAAACUGAGCAGCUCCACAAAACAGGAACCAUGAGCACAGAGGACAUGAUCCGAGACGUAGAGCUAGCAGAAGAAGCACUCCAAAGGAAGGCCAGGGGGCCCCAAGGCCCUGGACGCUGCCUCUGCCUGUCACUUAUCUUCUUCCUUCUUCUUGCUGGGGCCACCAUGCUCUUCUGCCUGCUGCACUUCGGGGUGAUUGGACCCCAGAAGGAAGAGGAGUCCACAGAUUUUCUUGGCAUGGAACCUCUGACCCAGAGAGUCAGAUCCUGUCAGACUGAAAGUAACAAGCCUGUAGCUCAUGUUGUAGCUGAUCCACAGGCAGAGGGGCAGCUCCAGUGGUUGAGAAGGCGUGCCAAUGUCCUCCUGAGCAAUGGCAUGAAACUGGAAGACAACCAGCUGGUGGUGCCAUCCACUGGGCUCUACCUGGUCUACUCCCAGCUCCUUUUCAAGGGUGAAGACUGUGCCAGUGAACCCCUGAUCCUCACUCACACCAUCUCCCGGGUUGCACUCUCCUACGAAAACAAAGUCAGCCUCCUUGCUGCCAUCAAGAGUCCAUGCCAGAAGGCAGCCCAAGGAGCUAGGGAAGCCAGUCCCUGGUAUGAACCAACCUACCUGGGUGGUGUCUUCCAGCUUGAGAAAGGUGAUAAGCUCAGCGCUGAAACCAACUAUCCAAAAUAUCUUGACUUUGCUGAGUCCGGCCAGGUUUAUUUUGGGGUCAUUGCCCUUUGAGAGAAGAAGGGAAGUCAUAGCCCUGCCCCCAUGCCCUUCCUCACCUUUCAUUCACCAUAUCAGUAUUCCUCCAUGCCCAUUGAUUGCCUUCUUUUUUUGGGUCUCAAAAGUGAUUUUAAAGACUGGGAACUUGAGUUUAGAACAAGCUAGAAUACGACAAAGGACAUUGAGAAAACAAGGGUCAGAAGAGUGCGAGUAGUAAUAUAAACUGAUAUUGGCUGCAUAUCAAGGACCAUAGAAAUACAGGGUCCAGAAUAACAUAUAAAAUCCAUCAAGAAAUCCAUAUGCUGAAACCAAUUUAGAACCUAGGCCAAAACUGGGAACCUAGGACCUGGAUUAGAGCAUCCAGCACACAAAACAAGCGUGACCUGAGAACCCUUUUUACUCUAGAACACUCCCCGAGGUAUAUAUCUGAUCUAGACCCUGAAAUGAAUCAAAAUCCAGAUCA